CAUGCGCAAUGUCACCGGCGCGCCAUCUUGACAGAGGGAGCCGCAAUCAAACCCGCUGGAUCUGUGCUGGCAAGAGACUUCUCCCUCAGUGGGGCGGGGAGGCUUUCAUCGCUGUCCGCCGCGAGUGUCUCAGCAGGACUCUCCGGGUGUCCCGCCAUUGGUCCGCCCCUGUCAGGGCGGGGUGUGGUCUCCCGCUGUCACAAGGGUCCCCCUCAGUACAGUGACAGGGGCUGCUGGGAGUGAUGCCUUCCAGGCCUGAGUGACCGCAGAGGACGCCGGGACAGGAUGCCUGUGGUGUGGCCCACCCUGCUGGACUUCAGCCGGGAUGAGUGUAAGAGGAUCCUCCGCAAGCUGGAGCUGGAGGCGUAUGCGGGCGUUAUCAGCGCCCUCCGUGCACAGGGCGAUCUAAGCAAAGAGAAGAAGGAUCUUCUGGGAGAACUUUCCAAAGUCCUGAGUAUUUCUACAGAGCGACAUCGCGCGGAGGUGCGCAGAGCGGUGAACGAUGAGCGCCUUACCACCAUCGCUCAUAACAUGUUUGGUCCAAACAGUUCUUCUGAAUGGUCCAUCGAAGGUCGAAGAUUGGUACCACUGAUGCCGCGUCUGGUUCCACAGACUGCUUUUACAGCCACUGCCAACGCCAUAGCCAAUGUUGCUGGACAGCACAACGCUUCGCUUCCAGAUCCUGCUGAGACCGGGAACAAGGAAGGUGAGGAAGGUGUGGUUGUGUGUUAUUCUUACACAAGUACAACAUCCACUCCCACAUCCACCCCGGUCCCCAGCGGAAGUGUGGCCACUGUCAAGUCUCCUCGACCUGCGAGUCCAGCCUCCAACGUGGUAGUCCUUCCCAGUGGCAGCACCGUCUAUGUGAAAAGUGUCAACUGUUCAGAUGACGACGAGAAGCCUCGCAAGCGGCGUCGCACAAACUCCAGCAGCUCGUCCCCCGUUGUCCUGAAAGAUGUCCCCAAGCCAACAACGCCAGUCUCGAAAACCAUUACCGUGCCGGUCUCUGGGAGCCCCAAAAUGAGCAACAUCAUGCAGAGCAUCGCCAACUCCUUACCGCCACACAUGUCACCGGUGAAGAUCACUUUUACCAAACCCACCACCCAGACAACAAACACUUCCACCCAGAAGGUAAUAAUUGUAACAACUUCUCCAAGUUCUACAUUUGUCCCGAACAUUUUAUCAAAGUCUCACAACUACGCUGCAGUCACUAAACUGGUUCCCACAUCUGUCAUAACUUCCACCACUCAGAAGCCGCCAGUGAUGGUUAGCUCUGCCCAUACCCCUGCCAUUAGCAGCACCAUCGGCAAUGCCCCAUCCGCUUCUCUGUCUACAGGGUGCGUUGCUGUCACCGCAGUCGUCUCUUCGACACCAUCCUUGGUCAUGUCCACAAUGGCACAAGGUGCCUCGACGUCAACAGUGAAAGUUGCCUCCAAUAGACUUCCUUCUCCCAAGAACCUGAUCGGUUCCCCCGGCCAGAUCCUGGCACAGUUCCCCAAGCAUUACCAGCAGUUGCCAAAACAUCAAAUCCAUCAAAUGUCAACACAGGCUCCCCCAAUGUCGCAGCCGUCUACUAUUACCCAGCCAGCACCAACUCCGCCUCCUCAGGUGCCCCCAGGGAUCAAACCCACUAUACAGAUCAAGCAGGAAUCUGCCAGAAUCGUGCAGCUCUACUCUAUGGCCUUCAAGGACCGGAGCAACGCCAUGAUGUCACUUCCAAGCGAGGCUGGAAGUGUUAAGAUCAUCACACAGCAGAUGCAGCCUAGUAAAAUCCUCCCCAAACCAGUGUCCGCCGCCUUGACGAGCAGCAGUAAUGCCCCCAUCAUGGUUGUGAGCAGCAAUGGGGCCAUCAUGACGACUAAACUGGUCACCACACCAAGCGGCACACAAGCCACAUAUACACGACCGGCUGUCAGCUCAGCACUCAGUGCUCGUAUGGCAGCUACUCCCGGUGCUACCUACGUAAAGACAACCAGCGGAAGCAUCAUCACUGUUGUGCCAAAGUCUCUGGCGACGCUGGGAGGGAAGAUCAUCAGCAGCAACAUUGUGUCUGGAACGACAACAAAAAUAACCACCAUCCCCAUGACUUCUAAACCAAAUGUCAUUGUGGUGCAGAAAACCACUGGGAAAGGGACGACCAUACAGGGAAUUCCUGGGAAGAAUGUUGUGACAACCUUGCUAAACGCCAGUGGUGAUAAAGCUCUGCAAGCUGUACCUGCGGGUGCAAAGCCAGCUAUCAUUACAGCCUCCCGACCAAUCACCAAGAUGAUUGUCACACAACCCAAGGGCAUCGGUUCAACUGUCCAACCGGCUACCAAGAUUAUUCCCACCAAGAUAGUGUAUGGCCAGCAGGGGAAGACCCAGGUCCUAAUAAAGCCAAAGCCGGUGACGUUUCAGGCCACAGUCAUGAGCGAACAAACCAGACAGCUGGUGACAGAAACGCUUCAGCAGGCUUCGCGUGUGGUGGAGACGACCAGUGCCACCAUCCAGGAAGUGAAAGAAGACACGGAGAGCAGCUCCUCCUCUACCGAGUCCUCCCAGAGCUCCCAAGAUUCCCAGCCUGUAGUCCACGUCAUCGCAUCUCGUGGUCAGGAGUGGUCGGAGCAUGAAAUAGCGAUGGACACCACUCCUACAAUAAUCUACCAAGAUAUCGCAGGAGAGUCCCAGUCUGCCACUUCCACCAUCAAGGCCCUGAUGGAGCUGCAGCAGACCAGCAUGAAAGAGAAAGUGGACACUAAGCCCCGGCAGCUGACCAUUGACCUCAGUCAGAUGGCUGUUCCUCUCCAGAAGGCCCCUGAUAAACGUCAGCCUGAAAGCCCUUCCUUUUCCGUGGUGGAGUCAGAGUUGGUUGCAGAAUACUUAUCUACAGCAAGUGCACCUGUAUUAAACCAAGGCAGGAAACGAGCAGGGUCUAACAUUGAGCACCGCAUUAUGUUACCAGUUGUAUUACACGGUAAAACUAGGCCCAUGGCUUCCACCACCACAGUGAGCUCCAGGGAUGUCCCACUCAGCUCUAUCCUUCAGGUCAGUCACCCGUCUCAGCACCACCAGCUUCAGAGCUCGCAGUCCUCACGUACUGUGCUGCAGCACGUCACCCAGUCCCAGAGUGCAGCACAGGCGUCUGUUGUGGUAAAAUCCAUCCCCACAUCCUCCAGCGGGGCCAUCACUCACCUCAUGCAGCAGGCGUUAAGCAGCCACGCGGCUUUCAAAAGAAUAGAGGAGACUGUGACUGAGGAGGGUGAAGUGGAAGAGAUGGACACCUUAGACCCGCAGACCGGCCUCUUCUAUAGAUCCGCCUUGGCCCAAAAGCACCAUAAACAGAUUCACCUGCACCAGGAGGGGGCGCACCUCCAGGUGAAGACUGUUCAGUCCCUGCAGACCAAGCAGAAGCAGAUCAUUCAGCUACAGUCAGAGGCUUUCCAGCACAAAAUCCAGCAAACGGCCCAGCUGUCCUUCAGGCAGAGAUUGACGCCCGCCCAACAGGAACAGGUCCAGCAGCAUGCACAGCGCCACAUGCUGGUCAAGGAAAGGCACAUCCCUUCGCUGGUGUCUCAGCCGCAACAGACGGUGGUGCAGGUCCUGGCUGUGAAAACCACCCAGCAGCUGCCAAAGCUCCAGCAGGUCCCGGGCCAGCAGAAGAUCUACAUGCAGUCUCCGCUGUCCCAGACUCCAGUGCAGCUGCCUGUCGCAUCUGAAAAACAGAUGAGCAGUCAGGUAACAUUCUGCCGUGUGACCCAGCCAGUGGUAUCUCAGGGAUCUGCGGUCACGAAAAUCACUUUUGAAGGACAUCAGCCCCCCACUGUAUCCAAGGCAACUGUCAGCGAAUGCCUGCCUAAACUUACACCAGCAAUGGCCAGUCUCCUUCCUGCUUUGCCGCUGUCGGAGAAGGCUUCUGUAGCCGACAUUCUGAAGAUGUCGAUGAUGGAAGCAGAGAUAGAGACCAACGUAGAACCUAUGAUCGUGGACACCCCAAGCAAAGCGGCCCCAAUUAUUAAACCCAUGCCAGUGUUAACCGAGGCGGUUAUACCGCCCCAGGUGCAAAGACUGUCUGCCCCAAGCACAGUGACUUCUACAGUACCUCCCCUGCCUAAAUGUUUCCCCGCCCCAAUAAUUACAGCAACCACUUCUACUGCACUUCCUGUUCCCCUGCCGCCGCCACCCCCGCUGACGAGGAAAGUGGAUGUUCCUGUGGCCAGCCAGAUAAUACAGAUCCAGAAUGUGCCACCAAAAAGGACGGAAGAAAUUCCUUCUGAAAUCAUCAUUCAGACCAUCCCUCAGUAUCCCAUCGCCUGUCACUCCAGCUCCAACGUGGUGGUGGAACCCAGUGGACUUCUAGAGCUGAAUAAUUUCACCAGCCAGCAGCUGGGAGACGAUGACGCUGUCAUUAUUAACGACAGUGACAUCACCAGCGAUGACAGGACACAGUGUAAGACUUCAAUAAAUUUAGAACAUGCAUAGCGGUCCUGAGAACUCGGAAUGAUCCUUGGCCACCAGGAUUAUUAUUAUUUUUUUUCAGAUGGGAACUUAUUGUGGAAUUUUAGAUAUUGCUUCUCAAAAAAAAAAAAAAUACCAUGGAUUUUCAGAAUUUCUCUCGCUCUCCAGUGUCCUGUAAUUUUAUAGAUUACAAUCAUCCAUUUCCUUUAUGAGCACAGUAUUCGUAAUUUAAGUCGCAAGAGCAUUGUCAAUGGUGUUGACCUUUUUAUGCAAGGUUCUUCAUGGACAUGGAGUCUUCAAAUCUUGGAACUAUUUUCAUUUUUUUUUUUUUCAAUGAAGUCCUGUUUUCUUUUUUUCUUAAAGGAAAUUAAACAUUGAGAGUCUAGGAGCCGGAAGUUUCUUGGAUGGAAUUCUGAAGUCAUUCCUUAGACAUUCGAAAAGAUGCAUUUUAUUGUAAAUUUUGUAAUUUAAUUUUUUACUUUUUUUUUUUUUUAUUAUUGUUGGAAGCAGAAAAGGAAGUUCUGCAUUCAGCUUUCACAUGCACAUAAUGAUUAAGAUUUGGUUAUUUGAAGUGAA